GAUCAUUUAUUACGCAGCUUCAAAAUAGAAAAAAAAAAAUUCAAAUGAGAAAAAGUUUUCAACCUUUCUAAAUUAACUGGCUAUUUUUACACGAAUAUAACAAUGUACAGUGCUCGUAUAAUARCUAACCGAUGUACAUCCAACUUAUGGCGAAGUCUUGGGCAAAAAUCGUCGAGGAAUACAAGUAUUUUGAACCAGGUGGGAAGAAGAUCCUUUCAAACUGAAGCACGAAGUGGUUGGAGGACAUGGGAUGCUGUGCAGAAGGCACCUGGUAUAACAGCUGAAACAGUAGGCCGUGCAGUUGUUGGUGGAGCAGCCCUAGCAGGAGUGGGUGCACUCUGUUUCUAUGGSCUGGGAUUAUCAAGCAAUAUUGGUGCUAUAGAUCGUUCACUAAUGUGGCCGCAAGURGUCCGGGAUCGUAUUCGAUCCACUUAUGGUUACUUYGCAGGAAGCUUGGCUUUGACAGCUGGUGCUGCUUAUGCCAUUAGUCGGAGUAGAGCUGUGCAUACRUUAAUGAGAACAAGCCCUCUUCUGUUUGUUGGUGGAGGAAUGGUUGCAACAAUAGCAUCAUCUAUCUUAUGUAUGAGUCUCCCUUAUGCACCAGGACUGAAUGGAAAACACUUAGCAUGGGCAGGUCACAGUGCACUGGUAGGGUUGAUUAUAGCACCCAUGGUACUGGUUGGUGGUCCAUUAGUGCUCCGUGCUGCUGUUGUCACUGGUGGUGUGGUGGGUGCCUUAUCACUUACUGCAGCUUGUGCACCAGACGGCAAGUUCUUGACCUGGGGUGGUCCCUUGGCUCUUGCUCUUGGUGGAGUGUUCAUGGCAUCUCUUGGUACAUUGUUCCUCCCAGCCACGUCAGCUGUUGGUGCAGGUCUUCAUGCCGUCACUACAUAUGGAGGGCUGGUUGUGUUUGGUGGCUUCCUGUUGUAUGAUACCCAAAAGAUCAUUAGAGUAGCUGAAACACACCCGACCUAUGGUGCAAGACCUUAUGAUCCUAUCAAUGCAUCCAUUGGUAUCUACAUGGAUACAAUCAAUAUCUUCAUUAGAAUCAUGAUAAUCAUGAUGUCAUCUAAUUCAAGAAGAAAAUAGACCCAUUAAUCUAACCUGGAGUAAGAAGUAUGCAGAUAACAGAGAUGGAGUGUUCUGGAAUUAGUUCCAGUUUACAAAACUAACAAUUGAACUUGUAUUUAUGAAGUAAUGUUAAGAGAUUUMAGAGAGCUGUUGUAAAUUCGUUUGUUGCUUAGACUUACUUGAUACGUUUAUUCACUUGAUUAAUUUCAAGCAGCAUCUUGAUUUGCUAUAACGUUACUGCUUUCUGGUGUUCAACAUGGCAACCAACGUUUCGUAGCAAGUAAAAAACCUAUAGCCCAUGCAUUUUGCCCGAAAAUGGCCAAAAAAAAGACCUAUUUUCCAUCCUUCAUGAAUAAUGGAUAUAUCUAGAAAAGGUGUGAAAAUGGUCCAAAAUUGGUCAAGACCAUUUUUUGGCUAGAACUGUAUUUGGAAAAGGUGUUAAAAUGGCUAACAAUUUAAAUUGUGAAUUAAGCUUAUGUAGUGAAUAGAAUUUUAAACAAUGCAGGAUUUUUUUCAAGCUAAUUAAACCACGGUUUUAAAACGC